AUGGACUUCUUGGAUUUAAUCCACGACCAGGAUUUGAAUGUCUGCUGCCUUGCACUGUCCGCUCUCAACUCUGCAGCAAGAACAAAGCCCCACCUCAUCCGUGAUCACCUUCUGACUCUGCUCCUGAGCCUCUAUGUGGAGAUGAAAGUCAACCCUGAUCUCAUCAGUACGGUCCAAAUGGGACCCUGGACACACAAAGUCAUCGGCAGCCUCAACGUGCACAAGACCACAUCGAAGACACUGUACACCCUUCUUGAUAUCUGCAUAACUCAACUCGACCUGUUGAUCUUCCUCUCACACUUGCUUGCAGCCAUCAGCGAUCCGUCAGACAAGAUCAAAGUGAUUGGGCGCAUGCUCCUCAUGUGGCUGUCAGCAUCUCUGACAACAUCCAUUGCACUUUCACAGCACCUCGGCGAACUUACACCCCCUCUUGAAUUGACGAUGCGCCAUCACUAA